ACUACGUUCCGGUCCGCGUGAUGUACACGGAGGAGAGUCGUUUGUCACGCCACUUCCUCAAAGUCAAGUCAAUUUAUUUGGUUGCGGUCGUUAUUUUUCCCAGUAAUAAUAACACUUGAUUACAAGAAAGCAGUUGGAAGUGUUUCUUGUAACAUGCAAAUCCCAAAAAUAUCCAAAGGAUUUUUUUUUAUCAUUUUUUUCAGUGUAUGUGCCACCGAAGAUGCACCUUUUCUCUUGGGUAAAAAUUCUAACAUACCGGAAGCAGUAGAUUUUUUAAGAGACUACGAUUCAGAAGGUUCCGAAGUAUGUUUUCGAGUCAACAUGGCCCAAUGGCAUUACUCAACCAACAUGACGGAUUUCCUCAAACGAAAAAUGAUCGAAGAACAAACUCUCAAAGCGAAAUUCGAUAAAUUGGUAUAUAAAAGGGCUUCAAUAUUCGAUUGGAUGCAUAUCGAAGAUCUAACGAUCAAAAGACAACUCAAAAUAUUAACAACUAAUACAAGAGCGAGUUUACCGGACGAUAAAUACAAUGAGAUAUAUUAUCUAAUUUCGGAAAUGAAAGACGUUUAUUCCAAUAUUAAAGUAUGUCCUUACCAAUCGGACGAUUACGGAAAGGAUAUUUCUUACUGCGAUUUGGAUAUGGAAGACGUACACGCCAUUAUGGCACGAUCUCGAAAUCCAUCCGAACUGACGCACAUUUGGAAAGAAGUACAUGAUAAAACGGGUCCGCAAAUGAAAAAUAAGUUCAUGAGAUAUAUAGAAUUAUCGAAUCAAGCUUCUAGAUUGAACGGUUUUACAGACAGCGGAGCGGAAAUGAGAAAUUUAUACGAAGAUUCAAAUUUUGAAAACGAACUAACCGAAUCCAUGCAUAAAAUUCUGCCUUUAUAUAAAGAAUUGUUGACUUUCGUUAGGAGGAAACUUUUAUCAAGAUACGGUGAUCACGUGAUAAGACCCGAAGGGCCCUUACCUGCUCACAUUCUAGGGAAUCUUUGGGCUCAAGAUUGGACUAAUAUAGCCGAUAUUGUUCUACCCUAUAGAGAUUAUUCAGAUUUAGAUAUCACCGAUGAAAUAUUAAGACAAGGUUUCACCCCCUUACGAAUGUUUCACAUGGCAGAAGAAUUUUUCACGUCUAUGGGAUUGAAACCGAUGCCCCCGGAAUUUUGGAGAUACUCCAUGAUCGAAAAACCCAAUGGAAGAAAAGUUCAAUGUACUGCAAGCGCUUGGGACUUUUGUAAUAAUGUAGAUUUCAGGAUAAAACAAUGUACGGAAGUCGAUAUGAAAAAUUUCGUAACCAUACAUCACGAAAUGGCGCAUGUGCAGUACUAUCUCUAUUACGCGCAUCAACCAUUUUUAUACAGGGACGGCUCCAAUCCAGGUUUUCACGAAGGUGUCGCAAACGCCGUUAUUUUAUCGAUUUUCAACCCGAAACAUUUAAAACGAAUCGGUUUUUUUCACAAUAACACCGACAACAUCGAAACGAACAUCAAUUUCUUGAUGUUAAUGGCGUUAAAAAAAAUCGCCUACGCCCCUUUCGCCUACUUGAUAGAUCAGUGGCGUUACCAAGUGGCCGAAUUCGGUGUAAAAAGAAUGAAUGCAGAUUGGUGGGACCUCAGAUUGAGAUAUCAGGGGAUAAUACCACCGAUUACGAGAUCUGAAAUGCAUUUUGACGCUGCUACGAAACGACACGUACCUGCCGAUAUCCCUUACACUAAAUAUUUCGUAGCCCUUUUGUUGGAAUUUCAAAUUUUCGAAAGUAUGUGCAGGGCCGGUAGACAUAUUGGACCUUUACAUACGUGUGACAUUUACCGAUCAAGGGAAGCGGGAAAAGUUUUAAUGGAUGUAAUGAGGGUGGGUAAAUCGAAACAUUGGAGGGAAGUUGUGAAAAUGAUGACUCGAGAUCAAACUGAUAAAAUAACAGCAGAUUCGAUGUUGAAUUACUUCGAACCGCUCGCAAUUUGGUUACGAGAACAAAAUAGAAACGAAAGAAUAGUCGGUUGGACUACUUAUAAGGAAGAUACGGCCUUGUAUCAACCCCUCGUAUAUUACGGAUCGUCAAAUAAGUAUCCUUAUGAAUUGACUAUAACAAAUGUUAUUUUAAUAAUUAUAUUUAGUAAAUUAUUGUAAAUUAUCACUUUUAUUUUAUAUUUUUUCAAAAUAAAUAAACUAAUUUGUCGUUUU